AUGAACCCAAUCCCCGGAACAAAGACCUCCACCAAGACGUCGACCGUCAACGGUGUCACCACCGUCGUCACGACCGUCACCGCCCCUGGCCAGCCCACCAGGGUCACCACCACCACCACUACCACCAAGCCGGCGAUGCAGCCUGCUAGUGACAACCGCCAACCAUUCCAACCUAGCCAGCCUCAACAACAACCCCGUCCUCAGCCUGUUCAGGUUGCUCAGGACCCACCAGAGAAGCGCAAGAGCGGAUUCUUCUCAACAUUGAAGAAACAUGUCCUCCGUAACGAUGAUGCCCCCAAGAGGACAUCUAUCAUCCAACAAAACCCCCCCGUUGUCCAGCAGCAACAACCACAGCAGCAGCGGCCCGCCGUCAUCCCCGCUCCCAUUCCUCAGCAGCAACAGCAACAGCGACCCCAGCAACAGCGACCUCAACAACAGGCGCCUCAACUACCAGUCCCUGUUCAAACCAUCCGCCUCGAGAGCGAUGAUGGUCCUUUGGACCGUCUUGCCGAAAAGAUGCAGCAGGCCACCCUGAACAGACCUCCUGUGGAGCACCAUUCCAGUACCACCACUACUACAACAUCCCAGAACGGCAAGGUUGUCAACCAGACCACCACGCAUUCAGGCGAUAUGUCUGACGAUGCCAUCGCCCAGCUCAAGAAGAGUCGGCCUUUGCUUGCAGAGACCUUUGGAGGUAUGAGGAUGGAACCCGAAAAUAUUGACUUUUCUCGCGAGGACAACCAUGCGCGCGCUUGCCCCGCUGGCGAGGCAGCGACCAUUUCCAGCCUGUCUCACUACCUGACCUCCCCUUGCAAGGGUAACAAGAUCUCGCAACUCCGUACCAUCUUUACUUGGAUCGGCAACAACAUUGCCUAUGAUGUCCCCGCCUUUAUGAGUGGACGCUAUGGUGAGCAAGGCCCCGAGUAUGUCCUUCGUUCCCGCAAGGCUGUCUGCGAGGGAUACGCCAACCUGUUUAUCGCCCUUGCUGAGCCUGCUGGUCUUCAGGUUCAAAAGGUCAUUGGUGUUGCCCGUGGUGUCGAUGUCCAGAUUGGAGAUGAACGUCUUGGAAGCCCCCACGCCUGGAAUGCGGUCAGAAUCCAUGGCGAGUAUCUCUUGAUCGAUUCGACCUGGGGUGCAGGAGUCUGCGACCUUGGAACCCGCUCGUUCAAGAAGCUGUUCAGACCUUUCUUCUUCUUGCUCCGUCCCAACCGUCUGAUCUAUACCCACUGGCCCAACAAGCCCGAGCAGCAGUUCUUGAACCCCCCAAUCCACGAGAACGUGUUCCGCACCCUCCCUGCCAUCAAACCCGAGUCCUGGGAUCUUGGUAUAAAACUGGCUGGUCGCAACCGUGGUCAGGUGAUCCGCACCAAGGACGACUAUGUCGAGGCUGAGAUUCAGUUGAAGAAGCGUCCCUCAGAUGGAGCAACGGGCAAGGUUGUGGCCCGCUUGAACUGGAAGGGUCAGUCUCUGCCUGUGGUCAGCCAAUGGCUCCGCGAGGACGAAAAGUAUGUCUGGAUGGUCAUCAAGUGCUGGUGCCCCUCGAGUGGAUCUGGCGAGCUGAACGUCUUUGGAUGGCCUCCAGGCGGUGACCAGACUAAGAACGGCCCCCAGAUUUUGGGAUUCCGUGUCUUCAACGAAGGACCCGGCAAGGCAUCAAAGCCCUUGUUGCAGCAGUAUGUCGUCCAGGGCUUUGCCUUCUCUGUCCUGGAGCCCCUCUACGCCAAGGUCAAGAAGAACCAGUCCCAGGUGAUCCGUGUCCGUGUCUUUGAUGUUCAGAAAGGAGUUACCCCAGCACUGGCUGUGCAGGCACCAGAUGGCGGCAUGCCCGAGAGGCUGCCUCAGGUCAAGCCUGGUCUGUUCGAGAUCACCAAAGUGCUGACACCCGGCCAGUGGAAGAUUGUCAAUAUGACCUCUGAAUACGGCUUCAGCUUUGCCGCCGUCUUUGACGCCGAGUAA